CUUGUGUUUUAGCCUUCAGGGCCACCGUAGCUUCCUGUCCUCCAUAGAACACAUGUCUACUAGCCGCUAACUCAGUCAACAACACAAAAAGUGGCAAUAAACGCCACAGAAAAUGGUCCAUUUCAGUAGAGUGUGCCUCCGGAAGUAUGGAAACUUUGUGGACAAUCUCCGUCUGUACGUCCGUGGAGGCAGUGGGGGCAUGGGUUUACCCCGUCUUGGGGGACAGGGAGGGAAGGGGGGAGAUGUUUGGGUGGUGGCGUCAAAGAGUGUGACCUUGAAGAGAAUCAAGGACAAGUACCCUCAGAAACGUUUUGUUGGUGGGCCAGGAGCCAACAGCAGCGUCCGAGCACUGAAAGGAGAGAAGGGGAAGAACGCAGAGAUCUUGGCUCCUGUUGGUAUCACAGUCACCACUGACGAUGGUCGCAAACUUGGGGACCUGAACACUGAAGGCGAUCGUGUGAUGGUGGCAAAAGGAGGAUCCGGAGGUUCCUUCCACUCUGCAUUUGAGCCCAGUAAGGGCCAGGCCAAACAUAUUCGACUGGACCUCAAACUUAUCGCUGACCUGGGCCUUGUUGGGUUCCCAAAUGCAGGAAAGUCCUCUCUCCUGACAGCCAUGUCUAACGCCACACCUCAGAUUGCCAGCUACGCUUUCACAACUUUAAAACCAGAGAUUGGCAAACUGAUGUAUGAAGAUUACAAACAGAUCUCUGUUGCUGACCUCCCAGGCCUGAUUGAAGGAGCUCACAUAAACAAAGGCAUGGGUCAUAAGUUCCUAAAACACAUGGAGAGGACCAAGCAGCUGCUGUUUGUAGUAGAUGUUUGUGGGUUCCAGCUGGCCAGUAAAACAGAGUUUAGAUCGGCCUUUGAAGCUGUGCAGCUUCUCACCAAGGAACUGGAGUUGUACAAAGAGGAGCUUGUGUCGAAGCCUGCUCUGCUGGUGGUGAAUAAGAUGGACCUGCCUGAAGCUAAGGACAAACUACAAGAGCUAGAGGAGCAGCUACAAAACCCAGACAAGUUCUCUGAUCUGCUGCCUGACGACAUGAUACCGAAGAGGUACAUGACUUUCAGACACGUGGUUCCCGUCUCUGCCACCACUAGGUUUGGCAUCGACCAAUUGAAGAGAUGCAUCCGAGAGUCGCUCGAUGAAGACGCAGCCAUGGCAACUAAAGCCAUCCACCAAGAAAGACUGCAGGCACUUAGGCUCCCCUCACAUGGGCAUUUGUGAUAAACACGGGCGACAUCUCACGGAUUUCAGUCGGACCAAAUGUGCGCGAUUACAGAUGAGUCUUAUUCUGUCUGCCAAGAAAGUUCAAACUGGUGAAGUAGAACUUUUAGCACUGUGCAGGUAAACAUCAUCUACCUGUGACAAUAGACACCACGCAGUCUCAGUGCACUUCAGCAUUACUCUUGACUUUCUGACAUCAAGUGUUACAAGUUGAGUCACUUGCUAAGUUGGCGAUUGUUGUCAAAACCUUAGUCACUGUUGACAAGGUCCUUCUUUAUUCAGACAAGAUGUAUUGUAAAAAGACUGAUGUAAACUAUUUGAAGAAAGAUUUGUACGCCUUUCGUUGGCCGAGCAAAUGCAAAUGCAGCUCCAGCUUUAACGCCAGAUUCAUUUAAUGAUACACAGAACUUACUGCGUUUGAACCGAAUAAUUCUUUUCGGUUUCAUCUGAUUGCGAACAAAGGUUAAGCUUCUGUUUAUUGUUAUUGGUGUGUGUUGUAGGAUGCAGUGAUCUGACCUUUCCCCUCUCCUGACACAGAUUCUGAUGCUUCAAGGCAGGGAAUCUGAUCUAAUACCUGUGCUCUCUUUUCCCCAAAUAUGAAAUCUGUAUUUCUGACUGUGCAGAAAUAAUUGGAAUCAUUUUUAUGCAGUGUAACAUGAGGUCAGGGACGUGGCACAAAAACAGAGCCUGCAGCCUUCCGUGACUGAAUGAAUCAUGGCAGAAACACUGAAUGUUAUAAUGACAUUGACAAAGAAAGUGUAUUUAAUGUGGAUCAGUCAUGUCUGGCUGAUUCUAGAUCCACUAAAUAAGGUUAGUACUGGAUCAGUGCAUCCCAGGAGUGCUGUGACACAAAACAAUUAAUAAAUGGAGUCAGUUUUCCAGUGUA